CUCAGGGGGAGCGAACAAGUCGAAGUGCAGUCGACUGGUUGCAUUUAAGGACUUAGCCCAUUUUCUGUCAAUGAGCGCGUGUGUGUUUAUCCCUCCGAGCCUGUGAGCUGUGGUGGAAGUCAGCAAAAAAACCAAAAAAUCUCAAGUGUGAGAAAUGGCUCCAAAGAAGGGAAAAGGAGAUUCAGCGACGCCUCCACCACUGAUUGGAAGAUUUGGCACCUCAUUGAAAAUAGGAAUUGUUGGCCUCCCCAAUGUUGGGAAGUCGACCUUUUUCAACGUGCUGACAAAGAGUCAGGCUGCAGCUGAAAAUUUCCCCUUCUGCACCAUUGACCCAAAUGAGAGUAGAGUGCCCAUUCCAGAUGAACGCUAUGAUUUCCUCUGCCAUUUCCACAAACCUGCCAGCAAAAUCCCAGCAUUCCUUAAUGUUGUCGACAUCGCUGGCCUGGUGAAAGGUGCUCACUCUGGCCAAGGCCUGGGAAAUGCCUUCCUGUCCCACAUCAGUGCCUGCGAUGGAAUCUUCCACAUGACACGUGCUUUUGAGGAUGAGGAUAUCAUCCACGUUGAGGGCACGGUGGACCCAGUGAGGGACAUGGAGAUCAUCCACGAGGAGCUGAGGCUGAAGGAUGAAGAGAUGAUCGGCCCUGUUAUUGACAAGCUGGAGAAGACUGCCAUUAGAGGCGGUGACAAGAAACUCAAACCAGAAUAUGACGUUAUGUGCAAAAUCAAGAGCUGGGUAGUGGAUAAAAAGAAACAUAUCCGCUACUAUCAGGAUUGGAACGACAAGGAGAUCGAUGUGUUGAACAAAUACUUGUUUUUGACAUCCAAACCAAUGAUUUACCUUGUUAACCUCUCUGAGAAAGACUACAUCAGGAGAAAGAACAAAUGGUUGGUGAAAAUCAAGGAGUGGGUGGACAGUCAUGACCCCGGGGCUUUGGUCAUCCCCUUCAGCGGCGGCCUGGAGAGCCAGCUCCAGGACGCCAGCGACGAGGAGAUGCAGAAGUACUGCACAGAGCACAAGACGCAGAGCGCCCUGAGCAGGAUCAUCAAGGCAGGCUAUGCAGCCCUGCAGCUGGAGUACUUCUUCACUGCCGGACCAGAUGAGGUCCGUGCGUGGACCGUUCGGAAAGGAACUAAGGCUCCACAGGCUGCGGGGAAGAUCCACACAGACUUUGAGAGGGGCUUCAUUAUGGCGGAAGUAAUGAAAUUCCAGGAUUUUAAAGAGGAAGGCAGCGAGAGCUCUGUCAAGGCAGCUGGGAAAUACAGACAACAGGGAAGAAACUACGUCGUGGAAGAUGGAGACAUCAUCUUUUUCAAAUUUAACGCACCAAAUGCACCAAAGAAAAAGUAACACAAGAACAAUCUGUUUGUUUACAUAGCUGACUUUAUUGUUACCUCUCUUUUCCUGGCUGAUACACACCGCCAGUUCUUUUCCCCCCCGUCCUGUAGGAUCAAAUCCCACCUCGGGUGCCAAAGCACAGGUUCAGUAAACUCUGACAGCUUUGCUAUUUAAGAUCAGGAUUGGCCCCCACUCCAAAUUGUAGCAGCAUUUGAAGGAGCAUAUUACUCUCCAGAUACUUCAUUAAUCUCCAUCACGGGUGCCAGCACUGACACAGCUGACAGCGGGGACAAUGCCACCUGCUCCUCUUCCCCUUCUGCAGAUAAUGCAUGUUUUACAGUAGCCCAGAUGUCUACACUCAA